AUGCAGCCUCGUGGGGCACUAUCAAAUUUUGGAGGUCUCAAAGAAGAACCAUUACGAGCUUCGUGGCCAGCAAUGCUGGUUGAUCCCAGUUGUUAUCUUUAUCCAAGUAUUGGCGUUAUAUCAGCACAUUUUGAAAAACAACCACCAAAUAAUUUACGCAAAAGUAAUUUCUUUCAUUUUACAGUGGCUCUCUAUGAUCGUAGCGGCAAACCGAUCGAAAUUGAGCGUACAGCUUUUGUUGGUUUCGUUGAAAAAGAAAUGGAACCUGAUGGUUUACGUACAAAUAACGGUAUUCAUUAUCGUCUUAGUCUUUAUUAUCCAGCAAUUAAUUAUCGACAUGAACAAGAUAUUUAUGUUCGUAUGAUUGAUUCUGCAACAAAACAACCAAUCAUUUAUGAAGGUCAAGAUAAAAACCCUGAAAUGUGUCGCGUUUUGUUAACACACGAAGUUAUGUGUAGUCGUUGUUGUGACAAAAAAUCAUGUGGUAAUCGAAAUGAAACACCAUCAGAUCCAGUUGUUGUUGAACGGUUUUUUCUUAAAUUUUUUCUUAAAUGUAAUCAAAACUGUUUAAAAAAUGCUGGUAAUCCACGUGAUAUGCGACGAUUUCAAGUUGUUUUAUCAACAACAAUUGGUCUUGAACCACCAUUAUUGGCUGUGUCAGAAAAUAUGUUUGUGCAUAAUAAUUCCAAACACGGAAGACGAACAAGACGACUUGAUCCUAUUGACGGAGGUGCGUCCGUCUCAGAUUCCGAUUUGGAAUCACUUAUACCUACACCAGUCAUAAAACACAUUCAACCAAAUGAAGGUUGGAUUGUUGGCGGACAGGCUGUACUUAUACUUGGAGAAAAUUUCUUUGACGGUCUUCAAGUUAUGUUCAAUACAAUGAUUGUUUACAGUGAAAUUUUAACACCUGGCGCCAUUCGCGUACAUACACCAUCACGUCAUAGUCCAGGUGUUGUUGAUGUCACGCUUUCAUAUAAGGGAAAACAAUUUUGUCGAGAUUGUCCUGGUCGUUUUACUUUUAUAACUAUGCAAGAUCCAACUAUUGAUUAUUCAUUACAACGUUUAUCUAAAUUAAUACCAAAACAUGCAGAUGAUCCGGAUCGAUUACCAAAAGAAAUAAUUCUUAAACGUACAGCUGAUCUACUUGAACAAUGUUAUACAAUGUCAGGCAAUCCACAUCAUUUUGCUUUGCCAACACCACCAAGUGAUCAUGAAAAUGAUUCGACAUAUUAUAUGUCAUCAUUAGAAGGUUAUUCACGAAAUCAAGGAGCACCUAUGUCACCACGAAGUUAUAGUGCUUAUAGCAAUGCUUAUGGUCCAUCUGCAUCUUCCUAUGGUGUACCAUCACCUGGCUUUUUAAAUGGAAUGACUAAUCUAAUGUCAUCAGCAUUUAGUAGUAUUGGACCGUUUGGUACAUUAGGUUCAACAUCAUCAGCUCUUAAUUCAUCCAAUGCGAUUACACCUUAUGGACCAACUCCAACUAAUAAAUAA